CGACGAGCUGGAGGCCGGCGCCGUCGAGGGCGACGAGGGGUCCGGGGAUGGCGGCAGCUCGGCUGGCUCGAGCUCCGGGCCCGGCGCGGUGCUGUCGCUGGGCGCCUGCUGCCUGGCUUUGCUGCAGAUAUUCCGCUCCAAGAAGUUCCCGUCGGACAAACUGGAGCGGCUGUACCAGCGCUACUUCUUCCGCCUGAACCAGAGCAGCCUCACCAUGCUGAUGGCCGUGCUGGUGCUCGUGUGCCUCGUCAUGCUGGCCUUCCACGCGGCGCGGCCCCCGCUCCAGCUGCCUUACCUGGGCGUGCUGACCGCCGCCGUGGGUGUGAUCCUCGUCAUGGCCGUGCUGUGCAACCGAGCCGCCUUCCACCAGGACCACAUGGGCCUGGCCUGCUAUGCGCUCAUCGCGGUGGUGCUGGCGGUCCAGGUCGUGGGCCUGCUGAUGCCGCAGCCACGCAGCGCCUCCGAGGGCAUCUGGUGGACCGUUUUUUUCAUUUACACUAUCUACACGCUGCUGCCCGUGCGCAUGCGGGCCGCGGUGUUCAGCGGGGUGCUCCUGUCUGCGCUCCACCUGGCCAUCGCCCUACGAACCAAUGCCCAGGACCAGUUCCUGCUCAAGCAGCUUGUCUCCAAUGUCCUCAUUUUCUCCUGCACCAACAUUGUGGGCGUCUGCACCCAUUACCCCGCCGAGGUCUCCCAGAGACAGGCCUUCCAGGAGACCCGAGAGUGCAUCCAGGCACGGCUCCACUCACAGCGGGAGAACCAGCAGCAGGAGCGGCUGCUGCUGUCGGUCCUUCCCCGUCAUGUUGCCAUGGAGAUGAAAGCAGAUAUCAAUGCCAAACAGGAGGAUAUGAUGUUCCACAAGAUUUACAUCCAGAAGCACGACAACGUGAGCAUCCUGUUUGCUGACAUCGAGGGCUUCACCAGCCUGGCAUCCCAGUGCACUGCCCAGGAGCUGGUCAUGACCCUCAACGAGCUCUUCGCCCGCUUUGACAAGCUGGCUGCGGAGAAUCACUGUUUGCGCAUUAAGAUCCUGGGGGAUUGUUACUACUGCGUCUCAGGGCUGCCGGAGGCCAGGGCCGACCACGCCCACUGCUGCGUGGAGAUGGGCAUGGACAUGAUCGAGGCCAUCUCGUUGGUCCGGGAGGUGACAGGGGUGAACGUGAACAUGCGUGUGGGAAUUCACAGCGGGCGUGUACACUGCGGUGUCCUUGGUCUCAGGAAGUGGCAGUUCGACGUCUGGUCUAACGACGUCACGCUGGCCAACCACAUGGAGGCUGGGGGCAAGGCGGGGCGGAUCCACAUCACCAAGGCCACACUCAACUACCUGAACGGGGACUACGAGGUGGAGCCAGGCUGUGGGGGCGAGCGCAAUGCCUACCUCAAGGAGCACAGCAUCGAGACCUUCCUCAUCCUGCGCUGCACCCAGAAGCGGAAAGAAGAGAAGGCCAUGAUUGCCAAGAUGAACCGCCAGAGAACCAACUCCAUUGGGCACAACCCGCCACACUGGGGGGCCGAGCGCCCUUUCUACAACCACCUGGGUGGCAACCAGGUGUCCAAGGAGAUGAAGCGGAUGGGUUUCGAAGACCCCAAAGACAAGAAUGCCCAGGAGAGCGUGAACCCUGAGGAUGAAGUGGAUGAGUUCCUGGGCCGGGCCAUUGAUGCCAGGAGCAUUGACAGGCUGCGCUCUGAGCACGUCCGCAAGUUCCUCCUGACCUUCAGGGAGCCUGACCUGGAGAAGAAGUACUCCAAGCAGGUGGACGACCGCUUUGGUGCCUAUGUGGCGUGCGCCUCGCUCGUCUUCCUCUUCAUCUGCUCCGUCCAGAUCACCAUCGUGCCCCACUCUGUGUUCAUGCUGAGCUUCUACGUGACCUGCUUCCUGCUGCUGGCCUUGGUGGUGUUUGUGUCCGUGAUCUACUCCUGUGUGAAGCUCUUCCCCAGCCCACUGCAGACCCUCUCCAAGAAGAUCGUGCGGUCCAAGAUGAACAGCACACUGGUCGGGGUGUUCACCAUCACCCUGGUGUUCUUGUCGUCUUUUGUCAACAUGUUCACCUGCAACGCCAAGGACCUGGUGGGCUGCCUGGCGGAGGAGCACAACAUCAGCGCAAGCCAGGUCAACGCGUGCCACGUGGCAGAGUCGGCCUUCAACUACAGCCUGGGCGACGAGCAGGGCUUCUGCGGCAGCCUGUGGCCCAACUGCCAUUUCCCCGAGUACUUCACCUACAGCGUGCUGCUCAGCCUGCUGGCCUGCUCCGUGUUCCUGCAGAUCAGCUGCAUCGGGAAGCUGGUGCUCAUGCUUGCCAUCGAGCUCAUCUACGUGCUGGUCAUUGAGGUGCCUGGAGUCACGCUCUUUGACAACGCCGACCUGCUGGUCACCGCCAACGCCAUAGACUUCAGCAACAAUGGGACCUCCCAGUGCCCUGAGCAUGCGACCAAGGUGGCGCUGAAGGUGGUGACGCCCAUCAUCAUCUCAGUCUUCGUGCUGGCCCUAUACCUGCACGCCCAGCAGGUGGAGUCCACGGCCCGCCUUGACUUCCUCUGGAAACUGCAGGCCACGGAGGAGAAGGAGGAGAUGGAGGAGCUGCAGGCCUACAACCGGCGGCUGCUGCACAACAUCCUGCCCAAGGAUGUGGCGGCCCACUUCUUGGCCCGUGAACGGCGCAAUGAUGAGCUCUACUACCAGUCGUGCGAGUGCGUGGCCGUCAUGUUCGCCUCCAUUGCCAACUUCUCGGAGUUCUACGUGGAACUGGAGGCCAACAACGAGGGCGUUGAGUGCCUGCGGCUGCUCAAUGAGAUCAUCGCCGACUUUGACGAGAUCAUCAGCGAGGAUCGGUUCAGGCAGCUGGAGAAGAUCAAAACCAUUGGCAGCACCUACAUGGCUGCCUCGGGCCUCAACGACUCCACCUAUGACAAGGUGGGCAAGACCCACAUCAAAGCCCUGGCUGACUUCGCCAUGAAGCUGAUGGACCAGAUGAAGUACAUCAACGAGCACUCCUUCAAUAACUUCCAGAUGAAGAUUGGGCUCAACAUUGGCCCAGUGGUGGCCGGGGUGAUUGGGGCUCGAAAACCUCAGUACGACAUCUGGGGCAAUACGGUGAACGUGGCCAGCCGCAUGGACAGCACUGGUGUGCCUGACCGCAUCCAGGUCACCACGGACAUGUACCAGGUGCUGGUUGCCAACACGUACCAGCUGGAGUGCCGGGGCGUGGUCAAGGUGAAGGGCAAAGGGGAGAUGAUGACCUACUUCCUCAACGGAGGCCCCCCUCUCAGUUAGCAGCCACCAGCAGUGGCGCCACAGCCCGGGCUCCACAGGAAGGGAACCGGCUGCUUUUGCUCCACGUGGGCAGGUGAGGAGCCUGCACCCGGCCACACCGCCGCACUGAGGAGAUUCCCACCUGACUCAGAGCGGCCUCUGCCUUUGCUGGUGGGCAUGGCCUCCGGCCCAGGCCCUGGUGCCAGCGUCCUGCGAGCACCAAGCUGACCAAAGAUGUUUCCCCUGCAGAAGACUCUGCUGGACU